AUGGAAACUACCGGAAAAGUGAAGAAGGGUUUCGGAGGUAGAAAAGCCGGUGGUCCAAAAACCAAAUCGGUUUCGAAAUCGAUCAAAGCCGGUCUCCAAUUUCCGGUCGGAAGAAUCACUCGGUUCCUCAAGAAAGGACGUUACGCACAGAGACUCGGUGGUGGAGCUCCGGUUUACAUGGCCGCCGUUCUUGAGUACCUCGCCGCCGAAGUUUUGGAGCUUGCUGGUAAUGCUGCGAGAGACAACAAGAAAUCUAGGAUAAUUCCGAGGCAUCUUCUUCUUGCGAUUAGGAAUGAUGAAGAAUUGGGAAAACUUCUGAGUGGUGUUACAAUCGCUCACGGUGGUGUUUUACCAAACAUUAACUCUGUUCUUCUACCUAAGAAGACUGCUAAAUCAACUGAAGAAAAUGCAACCAAAUCGCCAGGCAAAUCUCCCAAGAAAGCUUGA